GUGUUGCAGAAUGUCGAAACCUAACCACCUAAUAUGCUUCAAGCAGUGGACGGCUGAGAUGGUGAUGAACAUUAUAAGCAGUGCGAUUAACCUGAAGUACUGCUAUAAAGAUACUCACUGCAAGCGAAUGAACGUUCUCCAAGACUGCAAGAUAAUGGUGCUGCAGGAGGUGAAUGAGCCCGUGCUGAACAUGGCGGUCUCGAAGGCCGCAACUUUGCUGGGCGCGUAUGAUUGUAGCAUUGUUGAUCAUGUUAUUUGGAACCAGGAUUACAAUGGCAGUAUUUUCUCAUACAUGGCGGACGCGAUAUUCGUGGCGACAUCUACGCAUCACUGCAUCCAACGCUUCGCAAACCAAGCUACGGUGCCGGUUAUAUGCAUGAGAUCCAGGACUCACGCCAGCAUCCAAGCUCUUUCCACCAUCAUGGCUGUUAUUGAAGAAUUUGGCGAGAUGAGGCGUCUAAACAUUGGGUUCAUCGGGCCUCCACACCCUGUCUUAAACUCGUAUCUGCUGCUCUGCCCUAUGCUUGGAGCCAAUAUCAAGUUUUGCUGCUGCUGUCCGAAAUGUCCGGUAACCCCUCUUCUGUACAAAGCGAGCAAAGAACUCAAAGACACGACCCACACCGAUGUAAAGACGUGUAAAGAGAAAAAUGAAGUGUUACAGAGGACUGAUGUCGUCAUCGCUGGUCCUACUACUGAGAAAAAGGAGAAGAUUCAAUAUUUUACCUUUACUUUAAAAGACAUUCAAAAUGGUUGUAACCCACACUGGAUUUUCUUCCACACUUGUCCCCGAGGCCCUGAAGUGACGGACAACCUCUUCUACCACGAAAACUCACGGACAUUCAAAUGUUUUGAGAACAUGCAGUUUAUCGCCGCUGCUCUGAUGGCAAAUGGUGUCAAAGGGCAUAUAUUUUAA